UUAACGUCAAUAAGAUAAAAUUUUGUCCGUUCACCACCUCAAAAUUCAAAAUUAAACAAAAUGAGUAAAUUUGAGUAAGGAAAUUGAAAUACUUUGACUCACUUUGGAUAAUUGAAUAUAUAAUUAGGCAUAAUGGUUUUAAAGUGGACACCAAAAAAAUCAAAAUUGAAAAUGAAGAAACGGGCAAACGAAAGAAAGAAGUAACGGAGAGCGAAGCACCACCGAAGAAGAAAAACAUCAUUCGUGUGACAAAGAAACCAUCAUCCCAAAAAUCAAGUAUCAGCAAACAAGCAAAUGAAUCGAAGAUAUUCGUAAUUUAUGAAAAAAGAAAAAUGAUGGAACCGUUACGAGGGGCAUUGUUGGCGCGAGGAUGGACCGAGCAAGUGGACGAUGACUCUCCGAUAUUGCCAAGAUUAUUUUGGUUAUCUCGUGCGAAUGGAGUAGUAAUUGAAGGAUCUCCUAUCGUGAGCCGUUUGAUACUUGGAAGGCAUUUUUGUUACAAAGAUGUUUUGCUUGAUUACGCCAGGAGUCAACCGAAUCGUGGAAAAAAUAUUGACUUGGUCGUGCCAAGGACCUUCAAAUUAUUUACAGGAGAAAGAAACGAGUUCAUGGAAAACUAUCGUUUGACAGCAUACGCAAGUUUCAUUCGAUUUUUGAAAGCGACUGGAACUAAGGCAUUUUCUGAAACAGGAAAAAUUAGCCCAAAGUGGAUAAGUUAUGCAAUUGAAAAGUUAGAAGCUAUUAUUGCUCCAGAAAAUAACGAGGUAGAGACCAGCGCUACUGUUAAAAGAGAAAUGCAGCAAAAAAUUGACAACGAAUUCGAAAAAUUUAAAAAGAUUUAUCAGAGCAUCGUUAAGUUCAAAUCAAAAAUUGACUUACAAAGUGCGGAUAGAAACGAUUUGUUGGACCAGUGCAACGUCAUUUACAGAAAAUGCAAGAAAGUUUGGAAAGAUUUCGAAAAUGAUGGUUUCUACAACUUAUGGCUACUGAAACCGGCCAGGGGUUCACUUGGUAACGGAAUUAAAUUAUUUGACGAAGAUGUCGAUAUUUUGUGUCAUGCUACGAACAACAAAAACUUGAAGUAUUUGGUGCAGAAAUAUAUCGAACGACCGAUGUUAAUUUACAAUACAAAGUUCGAUUUGCGUCAGUACUUCUUACUUGUUCACCAUGCAACGGGGAUUCAUUUGUGGAUGUACAAAAAGUCAUACUUAAAGUUUAGCACCAAGUUGUACGAUCCACUCAAUUAUAAAGUUUCCAUUCAUAUAACAAACACAGCCGUUCAAAGUAAAUAUUCCAUUGAUAAAAAUCGUUCCCGUAAUAUUCCCCAAUGCAACGAGUGGAGCAGUGACCGAUUCUUGGCAUACUUAAACAAACAAAAUAAAUCAACUUUGUGGGACAAUAAAAUAUAUCCUGCAAUGAAGCAGAACAUCAUUGCAACUGUAUCAGCAUCUGUGGAGUUUACAGUGAUACAACCGAAUCAUUUUCAAUUGUAUGGCUGUGAUUUUGUUAUAGAUGAAAACCACAAUCCAAUCUUGCUUGAAAUAAACGGAUUCCCCACUCUUACGUCAGUUAUAUGUGCGAUGUGCUUGGAGGAUCUUGUAAAAGUUAUAAUCGAUAGAAGAGAGGAUCCACGCGCCGACACAGGACAUUUCGAAAAAGUUUGGGAGAUGAAUCUAUAAUUCGAUAAUUUCGAACAAAGCACACGAAUAAAAAAAACUCAAGCAACUUUGUCUCCUGUAGAAAAAAUGCAGAAAGUUUGUCUGGCCUCUACAUUUCAUUACCAACCUCAAGAAAAAGUUUGUUAAUGGUAUAUUCUUAAUAAUACCAUCCGGAGAUUACAAAUUGGUUAGCUGAAUCGUUUGUCGACGUUUUAUUAGUUACUUCUAUUACUCCUUUUAUGUAGUCUCUAAGAAACGUCGACCGUAUGUUCACAUCCUUUGUUCCAUGUAAUGAAUUCUUCUUUUUUUGCCGGAGGAAUUAAAAGUGCGCAAUAGUCAUAUAGAGAAGUGGAUUUACAUUA